AUGUCGGACAAGCAGGCUAAGAUUUAUAUAAAACAAUUUACCUUUUUAGAGGAAAAACAAAUUGAGGAAUUAUUAAAACUAACUGAAAAUAAUCCACCACAACUAAGGAUAUUACAAAGGAUUUUAGUUGAAUUG